AUGCUCUCUGUGACCUCGGUUGCCUCUACAUUUUCUGUCCUAUUCAUCAUUGGCCUCGUUAUUCGUAUUUUACAAAAUAGAAUCUUUCACCCGCUACGCUCAGUGCCUGGGCCUUGGUUCAACAGCCUAUCAGAGCUGCCUGCCGCAAUAGCCCUUGUAAAGGGAGAUCAGCACCUUUACUACAGGUCUCUGCAUGAAAAAUAUGGCUUAGUCGUGCGAGUUUCUCCAAAUGAGCUGAGUUUUAUAACAACAGAGGCUCGAGAAGAGAUCUAUGGGUUUCGCAAAGGCGGCCUUCUUAUGGAGAAGAGCCCUAUAUUUCUUGGGGCCGUAGGAAACGUCAAUGGGGAGACUGGUGUGAGCCUAGCGCUGAACAAACAACAUACUCGGCAACGCAAGGCUUUGGGGUACUUGUUCUCUAACAGCGCAUUGGCCAAACUGGAAAAUAUUCUUAAAAUUCAUGUUCAGAAACUCAUAUCCGUGCUCGAAAAAGGGGCAUCUGAGAAGCAGGCAGUGAAUGUCUCAGACUGGUACACAUACCUUGCAUUUGAUAUAAUGGGCGAUCUGUGCUUCGCAGAGCCGUUUGGGUGCUUGGAUCAGGCUUCAGCGACGGACUGGUCAACUUCUGUCAUCAACGUUUUCGUCGCGGCCACUUGGACACAGGGCAUUCGCCGAAUAUCUGGGGUUGGCACCUGGCUUGAGCGACUCAUGACAUGGCUUCUGGUCCCUGCGAAGGCUGCCUCGUGGCGAUCGAUCCAUUUAGACAAUUCCUGCGAGAAAACAGUUCGUCGCCUGCAAGACCCUAACAGGGAGCAUACAGAUUUCAUGUAUCACAUUCUGAACAGCGAAUCCAAAAGCCUGUUAUCCAAAACUGAAAUCCAGUUGAACAUGGCCUUAUUUAUUAGUGCUGGAACUGACACAACGGCGACGGCUCUAGUCGGGUGGACAUACUACAUUUGCACUCACCCCGACGUAUACAAGCGACUUACAACGGAAAUUAGAAAUGCUUUUACAGCCAACGUUGACAUCAAUUGGGACAACGUUAGAAGAUUGACGUACCUCGAAGCUACGCUGAACGAGGCUCUGCGUCUUUUCCCACCAUCACCUGCAAGUCAGCAGCGCAUAGUCCCUCCGGGUGGCGCAACCAUUGCCGGAUAUUGUGUCCCUGCAGGAACCACAGUGGCCGUACCUCCAUGGGUAUCAACACACUCGCCUGUUAACUUCCGUGAUCCUGAUACCUUCAAACCAGAGAGGUGGCUAGGAGAGGACGCAGAGUUCUUAGAGGACCACCUGAACGCAUCGCUACCGUUCGGAACAGGACCCAGGACAAAGAAUAGCGGUGGUGGGGAGGCUGCAAAUACUGUCAGCGAUGAGUACUUGAAACAUUAUUGGCAAACACAAUGGUUUUCAUCUGAAUACCUCUUCAUGAACGACAGUAUCGACUCAGGUCGAAUUCACCAUCGAGCUGACUUUAGCCGGCAACACAUUCUCGCAGAAAGAAGCUGUGUGCACAACGUGACAGACACCUUGAGCAAUUUUGCUCUUCUGUUUGUUGCCAAAUGA